AUGGCGGCGACGGUGACAGGACUGUUGAAAUCGUGGACGCCAAGAGUGGUAGCAGUGAGAUGGAGCAGAUACAAUCCCUAUUACAUGGAGCCAGAGGUCAACAAAGAGUCCUACAGCAGGCUAGAUUCACAACUAAGUGAAGAGGAAAAGGCUGAACGGGAGCUCAAAUCGCUGAGGCCCAUCAAAGCAGCGCCCAACAGCAUCACCAGCUCCGUCUUUCAUGAUCCAGUCAUCAGCAAAUUCAUCAACAUGAUGAUGGAAGACGGAAACAAGACUCUUGCCAGAGACAUCAUGUCACAGACACUUGAGGCCAUCAAGAGGAAACAAGUGGAGAAAUAUCACAAAGCUCCAUCGGGGAAGAAAGAAGAGAUCGAGUGUAACCCCUACACCAUCUUCCAUCAGGCGAUGGAAAACUGUAAACCUGUUGUUGGACUGGCCAGCAUCCAGAAAGGGGGGAAAUUCUACCAGGUGCCCAUUCCACUUACCGACAGUCGCCGUCGCUUCUUGGCCAUGAAAUGGAUGAUCACAGAGUGCAGGGACAACAAACACAGGCGCAUCCACAUGCCUGAAAAACUGUCACAGGAACUGCUGCUCGCCUACACGAUGGAAGGCAAUGUCAUGAAGAAGAAAGUAGAGAUGCACAAGAUGGCCGAGUCCAACAGGGCCUACGCCCAUUACCGCUGGUGGUAGACCCCCGAAGAGGAGGUUCUGGACUUUACCGUGGUGAUUCCUGCAAACUGUUGCUCAGACAUCAUGAUUUAUAGACUCCUAUAGUGUCUUAGUCUCAGAGUUUCAUUCAUGAAUCUAUUAUUGAAUGAGGUUCAGAUGAUGACGAAAAGUCACUGCUGCGGGGGUUUAUAUUUUGGGAAACACUGCAGACAUUAUUUGAUGUAAUAAAAUUACUGUUGCAAGGACUAUAUCAAAAUGACAAGUGAAUAUUCCUGAAUUUUUUUACCUUAGUGUAGGAGUCGAGGAGGCAGCAGAUUAAAUGAAGGAGCCCAGAUUCCCUCUGUCUAUGCUGCGUCGUUUCCAGGACAACCAGUGUAAACUCUACUCUCUCUACGCUCUACUCCACAAACUCUUG